AUGAGCGAGGGGGCUGCCGGCGCCGCGGCGCCCGGGGCGGCGGAGGCGGCGGCUGCGGCGGGGGGCCCGGGCGGGGAUGGGGCCGGGGGACCGCCGCGGGAGCUGCGCUGCAGCGACUGCAUCGUCUGGAACCGGCAGCAGACGUGGCUGUGCGUGGUACCCCUCUUCAUCGGCUUCAUCGGUCUGGGGCUCAGCCUCAUGCUGCUCAAGUGGAUCGUGGUGGGCUCCGUCAAGGAGUACGUCCCCACCGAGCUGAUGGACGCCAAGGGCGUGGGGCAGGACCCCUUCUUCCUCUCCAAGCCCACCGCCCCCCCGCGCGGCGCGGAGACCACCGCCGCCGCCACGCCGCGGCCGCCCAGCCGUGUCAGCCCCCGCCUCACCACCAUGAGCCGGGCUCCCCCGCGGCCCCCCGGCACCCGCGGCCCUGCGCGGGGCGGCCCGCGGCCCACCGCGGCCAGGCACCCCGUGUCCCCGCACACGGCGCCGCCCGCCAGCGGCCCCCCCGGCACCGCCGGCCGCGGCGCCCGGCCGCCGCCCGCCGCCCCCAGCACCCCGCCGCUGCCCGCCUGGCCCACUGCGGCACACGCUACCUCCUCCUACAAGAUCUACGUCCACGACUCGGCGCCGUCCUGGACCUUGUCUCCCUUCCAGGAGUCGACCACCACCACGCCGGAGGCCAGCACGACCCCCAAAACCCACACUACAACGUAUUCCACGGAGCGCUCGGAGCACUUUAAGCCAUGCAAAGACAAGGACCUUGCAUAUUGUCUCAAUGAAGGGGAAUGCUUUGUGAUCGAAACCCUAACGGGAUCCCACAAACACUGCCGGUGCAAAGAGGGCUACCAAGGAGUCCGCUGUGACCAAUUUUUGCCGAAAACCGACUCAAUCUUGUCAGAUCCAACAGACCAUUUAGGAAUUGAAUUCAUGGAGAGCGAGGAGGUGUACCAGCGCCAGGUGCUGUCCAUCGCCUGCAUCGUCUUUGGCAUCGUCGUGGUGGGCAUGCUCUGUGCAGCCUUCUACUUCAAAACAAAGAAACAAACCAAGCAGAUUCAUGAACAGCUGAAAGAAACGCAGAAUAGGAAAACCUACAGUCUAAAUGCUUCCAGCAUGAUGGCAAAGUCGGAGUGUAUGGCUCAGAGCCAAGUCCAGCUGCAAAAUUAUUCAAAACCGGAUCGGCACCCGGGGCCCAUUCUGCACAAAGUUAUGGAGUCGAGCUUUUCAGGCACUCAGUCUUUCCCAGAGGCCUUGUCUCCUGACAGAGGAACCCAGCCCAUCAAGCACCACAGAAGUCUCUCUUCAUGCUGCAGCCCAGGACAAAAAAGUGGGAUGCUCCAUAGAAAUGCCUUUCGGAGGACUCCUCCCUUGCCUCGGGGUAGGUUCAAUGGAAUUACAGGACCAGCAUACCAACAGCUGGAAGAGUCGAGGAUCACGGACCAGGACACGAUACCUUGUCACGGGUAUUCGUCCAGUGGUUUAAAAACUCCUCAGAAUCCUUCAAUAAAUAUGCAACUGCCUUCAAGAGAGACAACCCCAUAUUUUAAUAACGUGGAUCAGAAGGACUUGGUCAGCUAUUCCUCGUCAAGGGCCAACUCCGUUCCCAUCAUCCCAUCUGUGGGCUUGGACGAAGCCUGCAUGCAAAUGCAAAAUGUUCCUGAAGUAACAGGCAUCAAAUGGUGCAAAAACUCCUAUUCUGCUGAACUUGUCAAUGUGAGUUCCCCAGUCAGUAAUUGUCUAAUAGCAGAACAACACGAAGUGAAAGUAUUGCUAGAAACUGUGCAGGAGCAGAUCCGGAUCCUGACGGACGCGCGGCGGUCGGAGGACUUGGAGAGCGCGGAGGCGGGGAGCGGCGCGGGCGAGAACACGGCCUUCCUGCCCAUGAGCCCCACGGCCAAGGCAGAGCCAGAGGCACAGUUCAGCCUGAAAAGUGAAACGCAGAGAGACUCGGUAUUGACCAAGUGACUCCGUGUGGGGGCUGUGGGAGGGGAAGCGAGAGGUGCGUUCGAUGCUUUGCUAAACAGGAAGGGAGGAAGUUAAAUACAAAUUAUUUAUAUGCAUUAAUUUAAGAGCAUCUACUUAGAAGAAACCAAAUAGUCAAUCGCCCUCAUAUCAUAGUGUUUUUUAACAAAAUAUUUUUUUAAGGGAAAAAGUUCCAGAAGGGAUGAAGCGUGCUUUUAGAUGCUUUCUAGGCAGGAUUACACAGUUCCAGUUACAGAGGAUUUUUCCGUGGUCCUGUUUGGCUGUCUGAAGGCUUAGGCUAUGCAUCUCUUUUUCAGUAAAGGCCAAGUACCGUCCUUAGAUGCAUUUCUGGUUUCAGGGCAGCACUGCAGGGAGCUGCUGGGAAGGGAUUCAGACCCUGGAGAACAUGUCCUGUAAGCUCAACACAGAUCCAGUGCCCUCUCCCCCUCUGCUCUUGAUUCCAGGUUCACACCUCAAAAACAGGCACCCAGACACCUAGUUCUGAGUUCUGGUACCUGCUGUGGAAUGAUGACAAUGUCCCUGAAUUGAGCAGAUGCUUAACUCUCAACCUUAAUUCAAUGUGUCAGUCAUCCCAAGAAAGUCAAUGGAAUUAUUUAUGAGCUUUGGGAUUGGCCAAGAGUGGGAGCAGGAUUGGACUCUACAGAGAUUCAGUGAGUCCACAGCUACUCCAUCUUCUGAGCUUUGCCUGUCAGAGCUGCCUUGGUGGAGAGUGAGGCAGAAAGAAAAAAUGCAUAAGUGUGUACUACAACAGGUUUGUUUUUGGUUUCUGGUUUGGGUUUUUUUAAGUGGAAACAUAAACUCUGUUGUUCGUUAGCACCCCUCAACAUUUCUAAACUUUCACACUUUAAAAGCAUUUGUAAGCUCUCAAGGAGCAAUUCUCUGUGUGCGUAUAUUUUUUUUAACUUAUUUUUUAUUAUGGCUUGUUCAGAGAAGAGUCAGGGAGAUCCAGUAUGAUCAAAAUCCAGCCAAUAAGUGUCCAUACUGCCUAAUUUGUUCCUGCAUCCAGUUCUCCAGUAACUUUAAUUAAUUAUGGCUUAGGCUUGUGAACUUUAAAGCUUCAACCCUGCAGAUGGUUCAGUAUGGGCAGACCCACAGGCAUGCAGAGGUCUGACUCUAAUGGAGCUUUCUAAGAGCAGAUGUUUUCCACCAAGUAGCUCCCUACAGGGGACCAAGGCCUUAGAGAGAAUGUGUCAUUCCCUGGUUGCCGUAUCCCAAUCACAUUAUAAGCCCUUUUUCCAUUUGCUUUCUUUUGAGUCCCUCUUCCCCUCAUAAAUUGUGAAAAAAAGUGCCAAUUGGGUUUAUUAGUGUUAAAAUAUCUGCCUAUUCUCGGGGGGAAAAAAGCAACUAUAGUAAAUAAUUGCUAAAUAGCCUUCCCUGGUUAGUGCCAGGACAUUGGUUAAAAAAAAUAGGGUAUAUACAGAAUGUAUUAAAAUAUUCCUUUGAAGCAAAAUAAUUGUUAGAUUUAUUGAUGUGACCCAGACUUUCUAGUUCACAAGUCUCAAGACUUCCCAAAAUAGCACAAUCAAUCCUGCAGUGCUGUUGUAUGUUGAGUCAGAAUAAAGCAAUAUCUUAACCUCUGUCAAGUAAAUUUGGAAAAAAAAUGCUGAAGAUGUAUGUCAUUUUCUUUUUUUGUUAAGGCAGUAAAAAAAAUUAUUUUUGACCGUCUUCAUUCAGCAAGUCUUAUUUUGGGUUGCUUUUGUGGUUUUGGGGGUACUUUUAAAGAUAAAGUUGAUGAAAGUGUCCUGUUUACAGAAUUUUCUACGGCUGCAAUCUUUGCUGUGUGUUUUCAACAGAAAUGUAUUUGAGGGCAAGGUAUUGUUUUAUGCCCCAGGAUGGAGCAUGAGGUGUUCAGACUCCCUUCUGCAAAGACAAGGCUUUGUUGUAGCAGUGAGGGGGGAUCCCUGUGGGGUUUGGGCUCACCCUGACAUUUUCCUGCCACAUGUGGUGGCUGGGCACAGUCUCACUGUGUGUGAGCCAAGCUGGCUGUGGUGGGCAUGGCCCUGAGCCACACCAGAUAAACCCUCUGAAAGGCAGGGUGUGUUUGGUGGGGCUCAGCUUUGCACCCCUACAGCCAUUGGACUUUUCUGUCAACAAUCUCUGCAUCCCCCCACCUCAGAACAUGAGCAAAGGGAGGUCAUGAGCCUCUGCCCAUAAGCCCUGUGGACAUACCUGAAUUUUCAUAUUAUAUGAAAACCGGGUGCUAUAUAAAGCUCUGGUUCAACAAUUUUCAAACAGUGAUCACAAUUAAUUAAUUGUUCUCCAUUACUUUCUUCGGGAUGGUCUUUCUGCAAUGCAGUGCAGAAUCCAACCUAAAAUGGUGCUUAAAAAUUCAAUCUUUUCAAUUCAGAUGCAAGGUGUUCCCUCCCACAAGCUCCUCAAAUUCAUCUCUGGAAACAUAAUGGGAACACACAGCAAGAUUUCAGUUGAAGAAAAAACCAUAUCAUAGUCCAUGCCUUUAGGGAGAGAAUGUGUUCAUGCAGCACCCCAAGAGACCCAGAAAGAGGAGACGAGCAAUGUAUUUAAGAAAAUGAAAUGUUUUACUGAAUGAUAGCUGAAGAUCUGAAAUGGUGAGGAUGUCUUUGGUUCAUGUUAGAGAUACGAUCUUGUACUCGGCAAAGGAUGUGUGACUGUUAUAUGUUAACUGUUCUAUUCAGUUCUCAGCAUGUUUGAAUAGAGAGACGUUAAUAUUAACCAAUGACAGACUAGUGUAUUAUUUGUUCAGAGCAUCACUUCAGAUCUUACUGAAACUGUCAUUGUUUGCAGAGGAAAACAAAAAGGGUUGAAAACAUCCAACUAGGUAGCCUUAAUGUUGUUUGUGUGGUUUUCUAAUGCAACUGUUUUCCUCUGUGGACCUUCCUGUUUUACAGUGAAUGGGGCAACAUUUUCUCUGAGGUCUGACAAUUAAUUGUGUAAAGCAUCCAUUUGAAAGUCACACUCAAACAGCCAACAUGGUAGGCCAAAUUUUACUUUGCUUCUGGUCCCACUGAACUCGUGGAUUGGAAGGGAUGCAAGUCAUUGAGAAAUGCAAUUCAUUCCUAAAGUACAUCUGUCCCCAGCCUUGGAGACAGUCUGUAAUCCCCCUAGAAGAGGCUCUGAACUCAGUCGUUUAUGUGGAUCAUAAUUAAAAAUUUUAUCUGACCUAUGAAGUUCCAGGUGUAAUCUGGUGUGAAAAUUUACACACAUAGCAUUGCAUUCAAACAAACUGGGAGAGCAGCUGACUAAAUAAAUUGAACUUUCUCUGAACUGAGCAGAGAGAAAGCCUGUGUCUCCAGCACAAUGCCAUGGAGAAUUGUGAGAGGUAUAUAUCCUGAUCUUUUUAAAAAAUUUACUUCUGUUUAGAAUUUCUUCAUAAACAAUCCAAAAUAACCCUAAAAAAAUUAAAAACCAGUAGAACAAUCCCAACAUUUGAAAUAGGAGAUGUGGGUAAGUAUGGGCACAUUUGCAGUGUUUAUCAUUGAAAACCUCUUCAGUAUCCCUAGGCCCAAAGCUGGAAUGUUGUAAUUUUUCCAGGCACAUGUUUAGAUCAACAAACAGUUCUGUGGUGCCCUUCAGAAUGCCUUUGGUACCUGGCCAUGCUCACAGCUGGUGUGUUCAGUGCAGCAAUGACAGUGUGUGUUAAUGGAGGAUCACAUCCCAGAUCCGUGCUGCUUGAUGCCAGCGUAGUGCCACAAAGUUUAGUAGUCUCCCAUGUGAUAUCAGCACUGCUACACGGAUUUAUUUUGCCUUUGAGCAUCCCAGCAGAGUGUGAGCCCUCUCAGCUCCUUGGCUGGGUGACUGGGUUGGGCUGUCAGCUCCAUCUGGCACAGGCUGUGUCCCUGGCCAGGCUCAGCAGCAGCGAACGUGGGGCUGAUCCCAAAGCCACUCAGCAGCAUCCUUCAAGUUUAAAUUUUGAAAAAAACAAUGAGCUGAUGUCAUGUGCUUAUAACCAAGCAUGUGCUCAAUAUGCUCCCAAAUUGAAAAGUUAACAGUUAAUUCACACCUACUUCUCAUGGAAGUAGGGAAAAAAAUCUGGAUUCCUUUUCCCAGUUUAUCCCCAGGUUCCUGUUGUCUCAUUUUGGACAUUACUUGAACAUUUCUUACUCUUAUAAGAAAUUCUGAAAAUUAAUACCAAAGAAGAACUCUGAAAGAGUCCUACCUGCAGAAAAUAAAUUUGAAGCUUGAAGGAGCAGACCUGGAAUAAAAACUGUGUUAAAGUGGUAUUAAUAUCAAUUGCCUUUCAAUAAAAAUGGAAUUUCCCAGUAAAUUCUUUACCCCUUAGGAAAACAAUGAGUUUAUAAAGUGAUUUCUUACCUUGCCAUGAAUUUAAAAUGUUUAUCUUCAAGGAGAUUGGGAAGAAGCAAAUAUUUAGUAUAGAUUUUUCAGCAUUUUGUGAUUUAUUUAUUUUUUUAAUUUUAUUUCAGCAGCCAAACAGGUCAAUGAACCCAUUAUAUGUAUUGUCUGACACAUAGUCAUAAAGUCUCCUCUUUUGUGGUCCAAAAGUUGUAAUGAUGGAUUUCCUCAAAGAUAUCAAGAUUUUAUCUAAUUUUAUUUUUAAAUUGUUCAUAGAAUAAUACAGUUAUUUAUCUUGCUGAAAAUAUAAAGUGAUGCAAACUUUU